AGGGAAAAAGAGAAGAGAAACAACGAUGGCGGCAGCGACGAGAGAGAAGAGAAAGGAAGACAAAAAAGAAAAGAUAAAGGGGAGAGAGAAGACGAAGAUAGAGGAAGAGGAGGAGGAGGAAAGGAGAGAACUGAUUACGACGAUGACGAAGAAGAUGAUAUGGAAGAGGAGAGAGAACAACAGCAACCGCUAUUGUCUUCUUCGCCGCAGACACCACCGAGCCACGAAUAUGAUCUGGCAAACAGUAUCUCCUGGUUUACGGCCAGCGAAUCGUAUGAGAGGCGAAACACGUCGUACAGCGGCAUAGCUGCCUCUACCAUCACCAACAUGUCUGAAUUAGCAGAUGGAAGUUGUUACAGCCUGUCCACACACCAAAAUCCUACUCCGGCCUCCUGCAAUGUGCUCACACCAGAAGCAGACAGCGAUAUCACGGAAAGUUUCCGUUCGGUUCGAGACGAACUGCUCACCGGUUCCACCGAAUAUCUACCGGCCACCGACGGAGGUUUCGGGUUUACGUACGGAAGUGGUACGGGCAACCCUUUCGUGACAAGUGGCGGCGUUGUGACACAGGAUCAUCGACGUCGCAGUGGCGGUUCGCGCCUCGGUCUGGGCGGUUACCGUGCCACCAACACCGGCAUCAAUUCGACGGUUGCCGCCACCGCCGCUGCCGCAGCUGCACACGCCGCCGCAGCAGCCACUAACUCGUUGCUGCACCGACAACCUUACUACAGCGUCACUCCCACAACACCGGGGAGCCACUCACAACAUCGCCAUGGCUCACACAUUUACGAUGACACCGUGGUAUUAAACGUUGGUGGAAAGAUCUUCGAGACGCGUCGUGCCACCCUUUUCCGAUUGCCAACCAUGAAACUGGCCAACACCGAAGAAAUGGAAAAAUACUAUAGACCAGAACGACGCGAAUAUUUCUUUGAUCGCGAUUCUGAGGCCUUCCGGAUCAUCUUGAAUUACUUGAGAACGGGCGAACUGCAUGUACCAAUGUGUAUGUGUGGACCGUCCAUUAAGACAGAGUUUGAAUUCUGGGGAAUUGAAGAACACGAUAUUGAACGCUGCUGUUGGACCCAAUAUAAUACUUGGAAUACCCAAAGUAAGUCUCUGGAGAAGCUAGAGUCUUUCCGGAAGACGUCAUUACCCCAAAACGGUCUGAUGAAUGAAAGACGUCUCUCCUGCUGGACACGGUACAGGGCAAAAAUAUGGAGUUUUCUUAACGACCCGACAUCGUCAAAAUAUGCUCAGAAUCUGUGUUGCGGUUCUUAAAAUUCUUUUAUGAUAAUCUACAUAACUGCAUUAGGGAUUUUUACCGAAACUUCAUUUUGACUCUUACGAAACUUUUAGAUCACCGAAAAGCCUUCAUUGUGAAAUUUAAAGAAAAGGAACUAUAUAUUGUUCUUAAAAAAAAGUCAAUAUGAUCCUCACAAAAUGUUUUGGACCCCUAAAAACCCCUAUACUGCGAAAUUGAAAGCAGUAUAUUGAUUCUUGAAAAAUCAAUACGAUCCCUACAAAAUGUCUUAGACCCUUAAAAAUUUCUGCAUUGCAAAAUUUAAAUCGAACUGUGUAUUGAUCCAUAAAAGAAUCAAUAUGAUCCUUUAAAAAUCUUUUAGACCCUUAAAAAUCCCUCAAUUUUGAAAUUGAAAAAGAAUUAUUUUAACCCUUAAUAAACCUUCUGAUCCUUACAAAAUGUUUGGGAUGUUUAAAAAUGUGAAAUUAAAAAAACU